UCACUUUUUUAGUCUCCAUAGCUUACUUUUCAUAAACCCUUACUAGAAAACUAUCUAGUAGUUAAACUUAAUCUCAGAAACCAUCUCUGAAAAACUUCCUCUCACCUCAGUGAAACGCUUUAAUCUCCCGAUGAUCAUACUGGUGUCUGUCAGUGAAGACACUGCAUGAGACGCAAUUCAACACUCUUCUGCUGGGAUUCUUCUGGAAAAUGGACUUUAGAGAAAUCAUUCUUAUCUUUGGACUGACGCUGCUGAAAAUUGGUGCAUGUCUGGAGCAGAUCUGCUGGGAUUUUGAGAAAGGUCCCUGUUAUGCAGCUCUGGGAUACCCACUAUAUCUGCAGAUUAAUGACCUGUUUGGAAGUAACUGGACAUUUACAAAAAUAGACAACACACAAAAUGAGCCAGUUUGUAGAACAAAUGCUGGCAUGACAGGAAAUGAAUGUGAUCAUGUUCUUAACAGAGUUGAAUAUUAUUCCAGAAAUUUCCUGUUUAUAAACCGUGUGAUCAGAGCUGAUUCAGGGAAUUACAACUUAUCUCUAUCUUACCGGGCCCCAGAUGUAGUAAGGGGUAGGGGAUUGACAAUUGGUCUUCAGAUCAAUGUUGAAGCUCCUAUUGGCUCAGUAGAAGUGUCAAUCAGCUGCUUCUCCAUUGGGGUGAUGAGGGCAUCCUGCUCCUCUGAUGGGGAUCAGCUCCUCUACAGCUGGACUCUGAAUGGAGAUCCAUUGAUGGAUGCAAACAGCUCCAUUGUUCUGGAUGAGGGAACUGAUGGAAACAUCACCUGCAGUGUGAAGAACCACGUCAGUCAAGGACAGAAGACCAUUAGUGUGAAACGCUGUCCUGUGUCUUCAGGGUCUGGGGUGUUUGUGCUGAUCUGGUGUUUUCAGCUGAUGGUUCUGUUGGGUCUGUUAGGAGGUUUUCACAUCUACAUGAGACAUGUCAGGAAAGAAACGGGACAAUCAGAAACUGAGAAUGAUUGAGAGCACGACGUGAACACACAAGCAGCAGAUUCAGCAGCAGAUAUCAUCACAGAUUCUCACAUGAAUACAGCUUUCAUUUGUCAAUAGCAGGAGAUCUUUUAGAAUAAAGCCAGAAGACAUUUUCUUCAGUUUUAAUUACAAAGAGUUAUUUUCUGGACUUUUUUUUUUUUGCAACAUAUUGAUGAUUUUAUUCACUUGCCUUUAUAUGCUUUUAAUGAACUAUUUCUUAGCCAACCAUAAUACGUGACUGUUAUGUAAUUGCAAAAAAAGCAAUAGCUUUGUUUUGAAUCUCUAUUUACUAUCAUUAUUUGUUGUUUAUAUUAAUAAAUUCAACUUUUUCACCACCA